AUGCCUUCAUCAAUUGGUUCAACAAAGAUGUUUCAUACUUUUCAAGGACUGGCGCCACCCCGCGAAACUUUAAGCACAGAACAAUCAAUAGUUGUAAAUACCCCCAAGCCGACGACGAAUGGAGUAACAAAACGAAUUACAACUCCACACGCAUGUGCAGAAUGUAAACGUCGUAAAAUUCGAUGCGACGGCCGACAGCCUUGUGGGCAAUGUGUUGGAUGUCGUUCUCCCAAACCAUGUUACUACGAUAAACAUAGACAGAGAGUAAUUCCAUCUCGAAAAACCCUUGAUACUCUCUCUCAAUCCCUAGACGAAUGUCGUACCGUUUUACGGCGACUUUAUCCGGAUCAAGAAGUGCAACAAUUGUUGCCGUUGUCGCGAAACGAACUCGUUGCCCUCAUCGACCGGUCCCCGCGAAGUGCGCUCUCGAAUACAUCCCCAUCUGCUUCAAAUACCUCUCCAAUAUCACAGGAGUAUAGAUCACCCUUGAACUCUGGGUCGGACGAAGAUAGGAGCCUAGCAAAUCUCGAACAGAUACCAAAUCAAGAUAUUGAAUGGGAUGAGGAAAGAAGAAAUCGAGAUCCAAUACCUACAGAGGCGGAUGAUGUAAAUGCUUUGUCUCUCUCAGUUGAUAGACAGUCGUCGUACUUAGGUGCGACUUCAAUUAAAGCCGCACUUUUGGUUAUGCUCAAGGUAGCACCGAAACUACGAUCUCUCUUUCUGGCACCUUCUAACAAUAAGCAAAUUUCAGCAAGUAGUAACUAUCCCACGCCGCGAUCAGGAAGCUCUGCCAAAGAUUUACAGGCGAUCUCAUGGUCAUCUAAUGGCCAGACUCUUAUUGAUGCAUAUUUUAACAGAGUACAAAUAUUUGUACCAAUGCUUGAUGAACCUACGUUUAGAGCCGACUUUUUGAGUGGGCGACGUCAAGAUGCCCCGUGGCUUGGUCUGUUAAACAUGGUAUUUGCAAUGGGAAGUAUUGUCGCAAGCAAAUCAGACGAUCACAACCAUAUCAAUUACUACAAUCAAGCGAAAGACCACCUAGGAAUUGAUUCUUUCGGUAGUGGGCAUUUGGAAACACUACAAGCUCUUUCAUUGAUGGGAGGUUUUUAUCUUCACUACAUCAAUCGUCCAAACACGGCCAAUGCUAUCUGUGGAGCUGCUUUAAGAAUGGCUUGUGCAAUGGGCUUACAUCGUGAAAGUAUGCAUGAGAACAGCGUUGAGAGCAAUUUGAUUGCAGAACAGAGACGAAGAACGUGGUGGAGUUUAUUCUGUCUUGAUACAUGGGCGUCUACGACAUUAGGAAGACCUUCCAUGGGUCGCUGGGGCCCUGCUAUUACCAUGCAGCCUCCCGAAUCAACGAUGAGCACUAAUCAAAAUAUGAAUAUUACUCCCCUAAUGGAGAACAUCAAAUUUUGUAAAGUUGCCACACAAAUUCAGGACGCUCUUGCUCAGACUCCACUUCUCCGAACUGACGACCUUGCAAAUCUCGACAGACAGCUCGUUGAAUGGUAUGACAAUCUUCCUUGGAUCUUACGCUCUACAGAACCUUGUCCAGAAUCAAUUCAUACGGCUCGAUGUGUCAUGAAAUGGAGAUAUCAGAAUCUUCGCAUGGUGCUUUAUAGACCUGUUCUUCUGAAUCUUGCGAAUAGAGGUAAUCAAGGAAUUUCACCCACCAAGGAAGAACUUACAGCCGUCCGAACAUGUCGUACAAUUGCUCAAGAAACCAUUGAAGAUAUAGCACGUGAAUGGACUCCAAAUCAAAUGCUAGGAUGGAAUGGUGUGUGGUUCAUGUAUCAAGCAUCCAUGAUUCCACUUGUCAGUAUAUUCUGGGAAUCAUGGAACACAAAUCUCGUUCGGAUUUGGCAAUCACAGAUUGAAGUUGUGCUCGAAGCAUUUGAUGGUAUGGCUGAUUGGUCUUUGGCUGCUAGACGAAGCAGAGAAGUGGUGAGCAAGGUCUAUGAAGUCAGUAAGCGACCUCUGACUAGACAAUCGAGUCCGGGGUUGAGCCACAUGACAGAUGAUUUGAAUCGAAUGGGGGGGAUAGAUGGGAGACAUUAUAUGGAUAGUGAUAUGUUGCAGCAGGUUGAGAUUAUGGGAGAAGAACAACUAAUGAUGCUUGAUAAUGGGGGGAUAUGGGACCUGGAUGGCAUGUUAUGGGGAAAUUUGCCGGAUGGAUUGGAUAUGCCUUAUGAUGGUUUGCCAAUGCAGUAUGAUGAUUCUGGAAUGGCACAAUUCGAAGGACCAUAUAUCAUCCAUCAAUGA